AUGGUCGAGCUCCCCGAUCCCACGGCCGACCUUGACUGGAGCGGCUAUGUCGGCGCAAUCCACGAGACAUUCCACAGGAACGCCCUGGCCCAUCCCGACAGGCCUUGCGUGACCGAGACCAAGACUUAUACGUCGCCAACCAGGACAUUCACUUACCGCCAGAUCGACGAGGCGUCCAACACCAUUGCCAACUACCUGCACGAGGCUGGCAUCACCAAUGGAGACGUUGUCAUGAUCUUUGCUCACCGCUCGGUCGAGCUGGUCUGUGCCUUCAUGGGGACUCUGGCUUCUGGAGCUACAGUAACAGUGCUUGAUCCUCUUUACCCGCCGCAGAGGCAGCAGAGCGCGUACUAUCCUAUCCCCUCUCGCCCAAGCAUCUAUCUCGAAGUCUCCCAGCCCAAGGCCCUGAUUUCCAUCGGCAAGGCCAUAGACGAGAAUGGUCCCCUUGCUCCUUUGGUACAGAAGUACAUCGACGAAGAGCUAUCCAUCAAGACCCAGAUCCCGGAGCUCCGCCUCAGCGACGCCGGCGUGCUGUCUGGUGGCGAGAAGGAAGGCGGAGAUAUUUUUGCCAGCGUACGAGGCAAGGCUUCGUCACCUCCCGACGUCCUUGUUGGCCCAGACUCCAAUCCCACCCUCAGCUUCACCUCCGGAUCUGAAGGAAAACCGAAAGGGGUGCUAGGACGUCAUUAUGGCCUGACAAGGUACUUCCCCUGGAUGGCGAAGCGUUUUAACCUCUCGUCCGAGAGUGUGUUCGCCUGUCUCUCUGGCAUCGCCCAUGACCCCAUCCAGCGAGACAUCAUGACGCCCCUGUGGCUCGGCGCUCAGCUGCUCAUCCCGGCCAAGGAAGACAUCCAGCACGAGAGGCUGAGCGAAUGGAUGAACCUGUGGUCCCCGUCCACGGCUCACCUCACUCCUGCGAUGGGACAAAUCCUUGUCGGUGGCGCAACCGCCAAGUUCCCCUCCCUGCGGCACGUCUUCUUCGUCGGCGACGUUCUCACCACCCGCGACUGCAAGGCACUUCGCCAAUUAGGGACUUCAUGCUCUAUAGUAAACAUGUACGGCACCACCGAGACCAGCCGGGCAGUGUCCUACUUCGAAAUUCCCUCGGCCGCAGAAGACCCGACAGCCCUCGACUCGCUCGGGGACACCGUUCCCGCAGGUUGGGGGAUGCAAGAUGUCCAAGUCCUCGUCGUUUCUCAAGAGGAUCACACCAAGAUGUGCGGCGUUGGCGAGGUCGGCGAGCUAUAUAUCAGAGCGGCUGGCUUGGCUGAAGGUUACCUCGGCGAUCCCGAGAAGAACAAGGAGAAGUUCAUCGACAACUGGUUCGUCGAUAACGCUAAGUGGGUGGAAGCCGAUAAGGCCAACGACAAGGGCGAACCGUGGCGCCGUUUUUAUAAGGCGCCCCGUGACAGAUUAUAUCGCACAGGAGACCUUGGCCAGUAUCUCCCUUCGGGAGCCGUGCGUGUGUCUGGCCGCAUCGACUCUCAGGUCAAGAUCCGUGGUUUCCGGAUCGAGCUCAACGAAAUCGAUGCCAACCUGAGCGGCAGCCCCCUGAUUCGAGACUGCAAGACUCUCGUUCGGAGAGAUCGUAACGAGGAGCUGACGCUUGUUAGCUACAUUGUUCCUGAGAUUGCCGAGUGGAAGCGCUGGCUGGAGGCCCAGAAUUACGAGGAUGUCGAAGAUGAGGGUAUUGAGAUGGGAUCGAGUGUGGUCUACCCUAAGAGGUUCCGCCGUAUGCAGGCCGAGGUGCGAGACCACCUCAAGACCCGCCUGCCGGCUUACUCGGUGCCUUCCGUCUAUAUUAUGCUACAGAAGCUUCCUCUUAACCCGAACGGCAAGGUCGACGUCCCAAAUCUGCCCUUCCCUGAUGCUGCUCAGAUAAUAGAGGACGCCUCAGAAGAGGAUCUAAAGAUCUGGGAGGCCUUGUCUGAGACGGAGAAGACCAUUGCCUCGCAGUGGUCGACUCUAAUCCCGGGCCUCAACACCAAGACUGUCAAGCCCGAAUCGAAUUUCUUCGACUGCGGUGGACACAGUCUUCUGGCCCAGCAGCUCCUCCUCAACAUCCGCAAGGAUUUGGGCGCUGACAUCACCAUCGGUGUCCUUUACGCGAACCCCACUCUCAGUGGGUUGAGCACCCAGGUGGACCGUCUGCGCAGUGGUCAGGCUGUCACAGUCGACAAGGCCGCCGAAACCGCCUACGCCAAGUCAUUUGACGAGCUGGUUAACACACUGGACGCCAAGUACCAGAGCGCGGAUCCAGAUGCCCUGAGCCCAUCGAGUGGUGCCACAUUCUUCCUCACUGGUGCCACAGGUUUCUUGGGCGCCUACUUGGUCAAGGACAUCCUGGACAGGGAGAACACCAAGCUCAUCGCGCACAUCCGUGGAGCCAAGGACCUUACUUUUGCUAAGGAUCGUCUCACGAGGUCACUCAGAGGCUAUGGUUUGUGGCAGGACUCAUGGGCCGAUAGGAUUUCCUAUGUCCUUGGUGACUUGUCCAAGCCCCGUCUUGGUCUUGACGAUGCCAGCUGGAGGCACGUCGCCGAGACAGCGGAUGUUUUCGUCCAUAAUGCGGCGUAUGUUCAUUGGAUUGCUCGCUAUGAGCAGAUGAUGCGUAGCAACGUCCUGUCUACCAUCGACGCAAUGAAGCUCUGCAACGAGGGAAAGCCCAAGCUAUUCUCUUUCGUGUCGUCGACUUCGACUCUGGACACUGACCACUACGUUAACCUUUCUGACGAGCAAACCGCAACUGGGCGCGGAGCGGUGCUUGAGGCCGACGAUAUGCAGGGCAGCCGUGUUGGCCUUGGCACUGGUUAUGGCCAAACCAAAUGGGUAUCUGAGCAGCUCAUCCGGGAAGCUGGCAAGCGCGGGCUCCGGGGCGCCAUUGUCCGUCCCGGAUACAUUCUUGGUAGCCGCCACGGCGGCGUCUCGAAUACCGAUGAUUUCCUGAUCAGGUUUUGUAAAGGCUGUGUCCAGUUGGGGGCAAGGCCAUUCAUCGUCAACUCGGUGAAUGCCGUCCCUGUGGACCACGUCUCCAGGGUUGUCGUUGCCUCGGCCCUUAAUCCCCUCCCCGGCGUCAACGUCGUCCACGUCACGGCACACCCGAGACUCCGUAUGAACGAGUUCCUCUCGGCAUUGAGUUACUAUGGCUACAACGUCCCCGAGGUCGACUACGAGGAGUGGAAGACGCAGCUCGAGAAGUUCGUAUCGGCCGGGUCCAUUGAGAAGGAUCAGGAGCAGAGCGCACUCAUGCCGCUGUUCCAUAUGGUAAUGUCGGAUCUGCCUUCGACGACGCGUGCCCCUGAGCUUGACGACAGAAACGCCGUGGCCGUGCUCAAGGCCGACGCCGACCGCUGGACCGGCGUCGACGACAGCGCGGGCGAGGGCAUUACCCGCGAGGAUAUCGGAAGGUAUCUGCGCUUCCUGGCCGAGAUCAAGUUCAUGCCAUGGCCGACCGGCCGGGGACGCGAGCUGCCGCCUAUUGCGGCCGAUAUUGUCCAAGCUCAGGCACAGUGGGCAGUGGGUGGUCGUGGCGGUGUGGCUUAG